AUGUUGGGCGUGUGGGGUGCGAGGUUUGAAUCGUGCAUACAUACGAGCGCAACGCGGCGAUCGUCACAGCAAGUGGCCGUCGACUCGAUUCGCAACAUUGGCAUCGUCGCGCACAUUGAUGCGGGAAAAACGACGCUGACAGAGCGUCUGCUGCACCUCACCAACUCGCUUACUCUCCCUGGACUGAAACCACCUACGCCACGCGCAUCGCAGUCGGCUCCAGGCGACGUGGACACAGGCAGCACCGUGACGGACUUUUUGGAAGAAGAACGCGAGCGUGGAAUUACGAUUCAGAGCGCUGCGGUCGGACCGGUGUGGUGGUCGAGUGACGUGGUUGAAGAGCUCUUGAAGGACAAGUCGGCUGUUCCGGCGGCUGCCAUUACCCUCGUUGAUACCCCGGGGCACGUUGACUUUGGUAUCGAAGUCGAGCGCACGGUCCGUGUGGUGGACGGCGCAGUGGUCGUUCUGGACGGCGUCGAAGGCGUCGAACCGCAGAGCGCAAACGUAUGGGAACAGACACGACGGUACGGCGUGCGCGCGCACCUCUUCUUUGUGAACAAACUCGAUCGAGCCGGCGCGUCAGUCGCAAAAUCCAUCCGCUCGAUCAUUGACAAAGGCCUGCACACGCGCCCCACGCUUGUCCAGCUGCCGGCGUACGCAUCGCAACUUGGUGAUGACGCAGGAGAUCUCGCCAAGUCGGACGACGAUCGGAUCGUCGGCGUCGUCGAUCUCGUGACCAUGGACAUACUGCGCUUUGACGGCGUGGCUGGUGAAGUGGUGACCAAGAUUCCGCUCGACAGUGCCAAGCAUGGCGUUCUGCAUGCCGAAGCGACCAAGGCCCGCGAUUCGCUGCUUGAGCUGGUCUCGUCGCUGGACAUUGAGCUGCUCGAGGCGCUGCUCGAGGCGGACGAUAUGGGCCAUGCUGGCCUUUCGCCCACGACGGUCCGGAACGCGCUGCGUCGGCUCACGCAUAGUGGCGAUGUUGCUCCGGUUCUGUGUGGUGCUGCGGCACGCAACAUUGGCGUGCAGCCGCUCCUGGACGCCAUUGCGAUGUACCUGCCCAGCCCUGCUGACCGCCCCGACGUCGACGGCCUUAUUGCGCCAGGCACACCGCGCGAGCGCGCGACGUCUCUUGGCCUCAAGCACCCAGACACGACUGCGCUUGCGUUCAAGGUGGUGUGGGACCGCCGCCGUGGCCCAGUGACGUUUGUUCGCGUGUAUUCUGGCGCCAUGCACACGGCCUCGACCAUGAUCAAUACGACGACGCACAACAAGGAGCGCAUCACGCGUCUUUUGCUUCCCUAUGCGGACCAGUAUGUGGACGUCCCGACGCUGCAUGCCGGCCAGAUCGGUGUCGUGCUCGGCCUGAAAGAUACGCGCACGGGCGACACGCUCGUCGACCCCCGCGGCGGCGGCAAUGCGAAAAAGAUUGCCAAGGACGAGCUGCGCACGCUGCGCCUGCGCCGCGUCCACGUCCCCCCACCCGUGUUUAGCGUGAGUGUCGAGCCGCGCAGCAAGGUGGACGAAGGCGCAGUCGCUGAGGCGCUGCGUAUGCUUGUGCGUACCGAUCCCAGUCUGCACGUCAACGAAGGCAACGCAAGCACGGCGAGCGGUGCAGCCCAGACGGUCCUGAGUGGAAUGGGCGAGUUGCACCUCGAGAUCGCCAAGCACCGUCUGCAAGGCGAGUUUGAAGUGCAUGCGCACCUCGGCCAUGUCCGUGUCGGCUACCGCGAGACGCUGAACGAGGCGACAGGCACGAAUGGCGCAUCAAUUACCGAGAUGCUCGACCAAGACAUGAACGGCAAGCGUGUCAAGGCCGGACUGACCAUGCGCGUACGUGCGCUUGCGCCUGAAGAAGAAAGCAACGCACAGCUCAGCGGCAACCAACUUGUAGUCGACCUCGGCGAUGGCGAGGACGUGCAGUACGAGGCCGGCCCCUUGUCCAAGAUCCUGCGGCAAGGAGCUGUCGCAGCGCUGACGCGUGGCCCCCUGAGUGGCUACCCCUUGCAAGGGCUGCACGUCACUCUCUCUGACGUGCAGACGUUUGGCCCCGAGGUCUCCCCCCCCGGUGCACUGCGCAUGCUCGUCACGACGGCGCUGCGCAAGCUGCUUGGUGCCGAGCGUGGCGCCCCGAUUACAUCCGGGCGCACGACGCUGAUGGAGCCCAUGAUGCUUGUGACGAUCGAGGCGAACGAUUCGCAUGCCGGCAAGCUGUCGAGCGACAUUAGCGUCGAGCAGCACGGUUCGAUCCUCGAAAUGAUCCACGACGUGGACGAGGGCCCGCGUACCAGCGACUACCAAGUGUAUAUCCCUCCCGAGGCAGCGCAAGACUUUGGCGCGUCGACCUCGACGGAAGGCAACAACAUGACGAUCCUCGCGCACGUCCCUCUUGCGCGCAUGAUGCGCUACAGCACGCGGCUGCGUGCACUUACGGGUGGUGCCGGAAACUAUCGUAUGGAGCUCCAUGGGUUCGCUACGGUUAGCCCUGAUCGCGAGCGCGAGCUGCUUCAGGAGCUUGGCCGCCUGCCGCGUACUUAG